AUGCAUCCGCUCUGCUCUCGCCCUCCCCGCCCUCCUCGUCAUCUGCGAGAGGUAGCAGCUGCGGGGGAGCGGGCGAUGCAGCGGGCACGUGGCGCCAGUCACGGGGGUGAUUGUGGGCAGGACCAAGGCACCAUCCUUUUUCGCCCUUGGGUUGCGACUUUGCUUUUCUUCUCGACUUGAACACGACUGUUUUGAAAAACAGGAAUGUAGACCCGACAGACGGUGGGGAGUAGUGGCACAUCUCGUAGGCGGAUCUGUCUCCCUCGUUUGAUUUAGUGGCGGUGCAGUUCAGCUGAUGGCAUGCACACGAAAUGGCCUCGGCCCACAACCCGGGGUGGUUCGGUGCAGACCCUGGAGAUGCAAGGUGCGUCGGGGAACAGUUGCGUCGCUUGUAUGCGUGACGCAAGCGCGGCAUCAGUGAUCAACCCUACCGCUCUCUCCGCUACACCGUUGUAUUUUGGGGUGUGAGGGGGGGUGAACUCUUGUUUGAUGCCGUGUCUGCGGCAAACUUCCGCAAACUGCCCCUGGAACUCGCCGCCACCGUCGGUACGUGCGAUAUAAACCUCACACGGAACCCCUUUCGUUCGGUAGUCCGCCAGGAACUUCUCAAACCCAACCGCUGCGUCAGACUUGUGUUUCAAGAAGAAAACACGCGUCCAACGGGAGAAAUCGUCUCUGAUGAUCAGUGUGUACCAGUUGCCACCAACGCUCCUGGUUUUCAUCUUUCUCCCCAAGUCGAGAUACACGCGAGGUAACUUCUCAACUGCGUGUGU